CCCCCUUUUGCUUGAUUGAUGGGGUUUUGGGUUUAUAUUCUCUGAUUCUCUUGUCUCUUUCUUAAUUCCCUUUUCAAGAUUCUCAAAACCCUUAAAAGUUUUGGAAAAAAACCCCCAAUUUUUUCAAAAUCAUACCUCCCCAGAACUCUUUUCUGGGGUUUGUUUGAUCAGAAUUCGAUUAGAAGUGGUUCUUGUUUCGCCUUCAAUCUUGGUCUGCAGUUCAAUCAAACAAGAUAGAAGAACAGUAAUAAGGUUUAAUCUGUGGCACCAUUCGAUUUCAAUGGAGUUCUCGAAAGAGGGUUUUCGUUUUUGAUUCUAAUUGAUAUCGAAUUGGAUGGUUGAAUAGAAAUUGAUCAAUCGAAAAACUUCAGAUUUUGCCCUAAUUUCUCCAAUGGCAGCCAUUGAUGUUGCUCCAUAUUCCCAUAGUCCUGCCCACAAAGCCGUAUUAACGAAAGAUUACAGCAAUCUUAGAAAAAUCAUUUCGGGUCUUCCACGGCUCUGUGACCCAUCUGAAAUUCGAACUGAAUCCGACUCCAUUGCAGAGGAAGCCAAGGCUGAUGCCAUCUCCGCCGUGAUCGACCGCCGUGAUGUACCGAACCGUGACACUCCGCUCCAUUUGGCGGUCAAAUUCAGCGAUAUUGCCGCCACUGAGAUGCUCAUGGUUGCCGGUGCCGAUUGGAGCUUGCAAAACGAAGAUGGUUGGAGUGCCCUCCAAGAAGCCAUAUGCAAUCGCGAAGAACCCAUUGCGAAAGUUAUAAUCCGACAUUAUCAGCCCACGGCUUGGGCUAAAUGGUGUCGAAGAUUGCCUCGAUUGUUGGCAACGAUGAGACGGAUGCGCGAUUUCUACAUGGAGAUGACGUUUCAGUUCGAAAGCUCGGUGAUCCCGUUCAUUUCCAGGAUUGCCCCUUCGGAUACGUACAAGAUAUGGAAGAGGGGUGCGAAUUUGAGGGCAGAUAUGACUUUAGCCGGUUUCGAUGGGUUUAGAAUUCAACGAGCCAAUCAAACGGUUUUGUUUCUCGGCGAUGGUUCGGAGGAUGGGAAGGUUCCUCCGGGUUCGCUUUGUAUGAUAUCACAUAAAGAUAAGGAGGUUAUGAACGCGUUGGAUGGUGCGGGUGGGUUAGCCACGGAUGAAGAGGUUCAGCAGGAGGUUCGAGCCAUGUCUCAGACCAAUAUAUUUAGGCCCGGGAUUGACGUGACCCAAGCGGUUCUUUUGCCGCAGAUGACGUGGCGGCGGCACGAGAAAACGGAGCUUGUUGGGGUUUGGAGGUCGAAAGUUUACGAUAUGCACAAUGUGGUUGUAAGUAUAAAGUCCCGACGGGUGCCAGGGGCUCGAUCGGAUGAGGAGUUAUUUGCUUCUCGUAACGAAAAUGAAACCGAUAGCGAAGAACUUAACGACGUUUUGACGGAUGAAGAGCGUAAGCAACUUGAAGCGGCGUUGAAGUUCGGUUCUCCCGAUCUAAACAACGAGAACGAAAAUGGGGUUAUCGAUCAUCGGCAUAGUUGUUGUGAUCGACGAGAUAUCCCGAUUGCGGAUGGUUUUAAUCAUGAAAACGGUGAUAAUAAACAGGAAAAAGGAAAGAAAGGAUGGUUUGAUGGAUGGCGGAAACGCGAAACGAAGAACGACGACUCACGAAAGGGCGCUCGAAGCCCGUCCACGAGUCAUAGUCAAAGUCAAUCUGUACCUGGAAGGCAUUCGAUCGAGAUCGUUGCCAAGGGGGACGAGAAUAGAAACGUAAAAGCCUCGAAGCCGUCUUCAUCCACGAGUUCCAUUAAGCGAAAAGAUGGAGUCCGUGAGAGCGAGUAUAAGAAAGGGUUGAGGCCGAUUCUAUGGCUUUCGCCUGACUUUCCGUUGCAGACCAACGAGUUCUUGCCGUUGCUCGAUCUUCUCGCAAACAAAGUCAAGGCGAUACGGAGAUUACGAGAAUUGCUUACCACAAAACUUCCGAUGGGCACGUUUCCUGUUAAGGUUGCCAUUCCUGUGAUCCCGACGAUAAGGGUAUUGGUUACUUUUACAAAAUUCGAAGAACUACAGCCAUUGGAUGAAUUCUCGACCCCACUUUCAAGUCCUACAGACGGAGACCGGAAUAUCCCGGCAACAGGAAGCUCGUCAUCUUGGUUCCAAUGGAUCAAAGCUCCAUAUCAACAAGCGAGCUCUUCAUCGAGCGCCUUAGAACAAGUUGAAGACCCCUUCGUGAUCCCUGCCGACUACUCAUGGAUCACGGCCGAAGCAAAGAAGAAGAAAAUGCAGGAGAAGAGUAAAUCAAAUAAAUGAAAAACGAGUAACGGGUUUAGGAACACGGUGAUUUCGUCAAUAUCGUUUCGAUCGAUCUUUACUAAUUUACAGUAGUUUAUGAACAAAUUAUUGUGGGGGGUAUAAAGAUUCAGACUUUGUGAUUCUUGAAUUGUUCUUGGUGGUUUCUUGCACCCUUUUAUGGGAUUUUAGAGGUUAGAAUCUUGAUGGUGCAAGAAACAAGUGAGAUUUAACAAUGACUUGAGGAGUAUUAUCCGGCUUAUCAAUGGAGUCCAGCCUUUU